CCUACCUCCAUCAUCGCCUUCUUCCUAGAACUCACCAUGAGAUUCGGACGAAGGUCGCUACAAACCAUCCCCCACUCAAAACCUGCGGUGCUAGAUAAGGAUAUCGACUCAUUUGCCGUCCGUUCGUUAUGAUGCCAAGAAACACUGCAAGGCAGUGCUCCUGCUCGUUCCCCGCGGAAACGGCGUCUUCGGCACCGCGUUUCUCGAAACUCACACAGUGGCACCCAUCAUCCGUUGAUGCAGCCGACCGAUAGCAGUCAGUUCUUCGAGACAACGGCGCGCGGGUGCUCGUAGUGCGUCUGAUACGCUCCCAUGGCCAAGUCCUUCGGCUGCCAUCCUUUCGAGUGUAUCGUGCUCAAGGAUACUCUCGAAUCAGAACUUGGUCUCAUACAAUGACGAUGUUAAGACGAGAUGGCAUAGAGGGUGUGCUCAGGCCUUCCGGCAUGGACUAAAUGAGCUGCUCUGCAUAUCGGGGACAAAGCCGAAAGUUGUGCAGAACUCUGUUGUCUCGGGUAUCGCACGUUGGGCGGCUUGGGCAGCCGAAGUCACUAACCCCGCGAUAACGCCCAGUUGACCUUACCGCGUGAUAGAGUGGUUCUGUAUCUCACAAUCUUGAAGGAAGUCUAUCGAAAAAAAAACUAUGCUAGUAUCGCGUUCCCUGGUUCCCAGUCUCGACGAUCCCAGGCAUCACAGCUCUGAAUUGCUCCGCGUCGUUAACUCUCGGAAACGGGAUGUCCGGGAUGUCCUUGCCCAAGAACGCGCACAAGGGACCCCAACCUUCAGCGACAUGAAAUUGCAGAAACCUGUCCUUCGGCACGACGGCCCGAAGAUGCGCGUAAUGGGCCUCGUAAGCUGCGACGCCCCGCUCCUUCGUGAAGCUUUCGGGGGUCGCGGCAUCCGGCGCCACGCCGAAGAACGCACUGAAGAUGAUCGUACCGAGCCGGAUGCGCCGGCCGGCAGGCGAGUUCUGCGGAUCAGUCGCCGCUGGCGUGAGUGACAUCGGGCGGAGCAUCGGUCGAACUGUGGUGGAGAAUGAGGCCCACCACGCUUCCGUGUCGCGGUGCGUCACGGGGACCAUCGCAUCGGGAAACGCGGCUAGCAGUUCGUCAACGAACAGGUAGUGGGGCAUGUCCGUGACACCCUGCGCGAUUCCGUAUGAGAUCUAGUGUGAAAAGCGAACGAUGGGCAUACCUGAAACGGCUCCAGAAAAGCGCGCCAUUCAUCGGCGCUGAGUGGCUCCCCGAUGCCCCAGAACUUGGCCACAAUCGCGCGAGUCCACAUGUCAACGACUGCCUCAGGCUCGAAGAUAUCAAAUCCGUGGUUGGUAGGUUUGUAUCCAAGCUCCUCCAGGGCUUGUCUCAUGGCUGGAGGUUUGCGAGAGUAGCCGAAGGAGAGGACUUUCAGUCCGGGCUUUGCAUGGGAGAUCAGGGUUCCGCAGAGCAGAUGAAUCUUGCUGGAUUGGCAGCCCAUGAUGAUGGCUUUCGGAGACAAGCUACAGAUCUUCAAGCUGCUGCGGUGACUGAUAAUCUACAGAAGACAGCUACAUCGCAUGGCGGAUGGUCAGAACAGAACUGCUUCGGGCUCGACUCGGGCUCAUGCUCAAGUGCACUAGCGUGAUGAUCACCGCGGACUGAUCGAUCCGUUGUGUUCGAAAUCAGGUCAAUGUGCUCGUGACUGGAUUGUUUCUCGGAAUACAAA